AUGGCAGUAAUCGGCCAUUUCAUAGCCAUGUGCUUAGCAGUUGCGAACGGUGGAGGCCGCCAUAUCAUAUUCGUCAAGGACAUGAGAAAAUACAUUUUGGGACAUGUUGGCAAGAUGGUGUGUUACGCUACUGGGACUAUGCUUGUCAAGAUCUCGAUUUUGCUUUUCUAUCAUCGCGUCUUUCCACAAAAGCCGAUUCUCAUCGUGUCUUGUCUAAUCGGCACCAUAGUGAUUCUUUACAAUAUUGCGCUUGUCCUGGUUGUAUCGCUCCAGUGCAUCCCGCUUUCAUCGAUAUGGACCGACAGACCGGGUCGAUGUAUCGACAAGUCUAAGCCCACAACUGCUCUAGCGCAAGUUGCUCCAUUCCACACAACGCACUGUGCCAUAAAUCUUUUCACGGAUGUUGCCACUUUCGCUAUCCCAAUCAAGCCUGUGCUCGGCCUCAAAAUGAGAAUAACUCGCAAGCUCCAGGUCCUAGCCGCCUUCCUUUUGGGCGGAAUAGUUUGUGUUUUCGGCGUGAUUCGCACCGUGGUUCUCUCACGCAUGAAGCCCGGGGAUGCUAGUCAGGGCGAUAUAUUCCCCGGAAUAUGGUCGGUUUCGGAGAUGUCGAUCGGCGUCGUGGCCGCCUACUUGUUUUACGAAGAGCCGAAGAUCGACGCGGCAAUUUCCAAAUUCCAUGGAUAG